CUUUUGUGUCCGCAUCUACCACCAUGGCGAAGUCUAGACCCCAGUCAAAGCAUUCCCGUGCCGCCCGGCGCGCAGAGUCCCCCACUCUCGACGUCGACAAGUCGUUGACCUCUCUUCCGCGGGCCCAGGACACCACGGUCCAGCGGGAAUCGAUUCUGUCCGAGCGCGCAAAUGCCGGUGUAUCUAAGAAAACAUCAAGGAAGCAGAGCAAGAGCAGAGCACAACGCUUGAGACAACAGAAGGGCAUGGACAGAGCUGAGGCCGUCGUCGAUCAGCUGGAGAAGAAGGUCAACCGCAGUAUCAACCGCUCCAAGGCCGUGCACUCUCGUAAGGCCGAGUGGGAAGAUCAGAACCGCAAGGCGGCGGCGACGAAGUCGAUGUUCGCCGGCCUCAACGACGAGGGCGACAACUCGGACGAUGCCAUGAUGGAUGACGAGGCGCCGUCCAAGUCCAAGAAGCGCGCAUUGCAGCCAGUUCCCGCACAGAACCUCGUUGCGGACGAACCCGCGGGCAUUGACGUGGACGAGGACAUCACCUGA